AUGGCCGCUGAAAUCCCUGCAUCAAACGGCACUGCUGGAGAGAGAAAUGCCAUUGGUAUCUCUUUCGGAAACUCCAACAGCUCAAUUGCCUACACUACCGUUGAGGAUAAAGCCGAAGUUAUUGCCAAUGAGGAUGGUGAUCGUCAAAUUCCUUCCAUUUUGUCUUAUAUCCACGGCGACGAAUAUUACGGCCAACAGGCCAAGCAACAACUCAUUAGAAACAGCGGAAACACCGUUGCCUAUUUCAGAGAUUUCCUCGGACAAGACUUCAAAUCGAUAGAUCCUACACACUGCCAUGCCUCAGCACAUCCUUUGGACCACGACGGCACGAUCGCAUUCAAGAUUCAAGAUAAAGAGGAAGGCGAGCCAUCGACUGUCUCCGUUUCCGAAGUCGCAACCAGAGUAAUCCGUCGUCUCGCACAAUCCGCAUCGGAUUUUUCUGGAAAGCAAAUCAACUCAGCUGUUAUCACAGUCCCAACAAAUUUCUCAGAUAGCCAGAAGGCAGCAUUGUCAAAGGCUGCAAAUGACGCUGGUCUUGAGGUUUUACAACUCAUCAACGAGCCAGUAGCUGCUUUAUUGGCCUAUGACGCAAGGCCAGAGAGCAAAGUCGCAGACAAAAAUGUGAUCGUCGCUGAUCUUGGAGGAACUCGUUCUGAUGUCGCAGUCAUCGCAUCAAGAGGGGGCAUGUAUACCAUCCUAGCAACUGCACAUGAUUAUGAAUUCGCUGGUGUUCACCUUGAUAAGGUCCUGAUGGACCAUUUCUCCAAGGAAUUCAUCAAAUGGAACUCAAUCGAUCCUCGUGAGAAUGCUCGAAGUCUCGCAAAACUCAAGUUGGAAGCCGAGGCUACUAAGAAAGCACUUAGUAUCGGAACAAACUCCAACUUCAGCGUUGAGAGCUUGGCAGAAGGUAUCGAUUUCUCUUCUACCAUUAACAGACUUAGAUAUGAGACUAUCGCACGCAAGGUCUUCGAUGGAUUCAACAGAUUAAUUGAAGGCGUUGUUAAGAAGGCUGGAUUGGAUGCACUGGAAAUUGACGAGGUCAUUCUUUCAGGUGGUACAUCGCACACCCCAAAAAUCGCAUCCAAUGUCCAAUACACAUACCCUAACGCCACAGUUCUCGCCCCAUCCACUAGCCCCACUGCGAUCAACCCAUCUGAAUUGCAAGCCCGUGGAGCUGCGCUUCAAGCAUCUCUCAUUCAAGAAUUUGACGCCCAGGAUAUUGAGCAAUCUACUCACGCUGCCGUCACCACUGUUCAACAUAUCACAAAUGCCAUUGGUGUCCUUUCCAUCUCUGGCGAGAGUGACAAGGGUGUCUUUACACCAAUCGUUGCUGCCGAAACUGCUCUUCCAGCCCGCCGAACCGUCGAAAUUGCCGCUCCUAAGGAAGGUGGUGAUGUUUUAGUCAAAAUUGUCGAGGGAGGAUCGCACAUCAAGGUCACCAAGCCAGAGCCAAAACCUAAAUCCAACGGAGCCAAGGUAGAGGACGCAAACUCGGAUGAUUCAGAGGAGGAUGAGAGCGAAGAGGAAGAAGAGGAGCAACGUGAGAGAAUCUGGAAGGUCGGAAAUGUCCUUGCCGAGGCCGCGAUCAAGGGUGUCAAAAAGGGUAGCAAGGUCGAGGUCAUGAUCAACAUCAGCAAGGAUUUGUCAGUCACCGUGACGGCACGGGAAGUUGGACAGAAAGGAGGUGUUAAAGGAGUUCUCCCAGCUCCUUCAAGCUAA